CUGAGGAUUGUCUCCAAAGUCUGCUGGUGUUCGGCUUUCGGUUGUAAAAUUAUAUCAGAAUAACUUACGGAGUAGUUUAGGGACAGUAACAUGGCAGCCACGGCGGUUCUCCGCUCAUCGAGGAGCCAAGAUAAUAACUAUAUACUGCAUUUCCGAAUGAUAAAUGAGCAACAAGUGGAAGAUAUCUGUCUUGACUUCUUCUACAAGCCACACACCAUCAGCCUUCUGACAGUUACUGUGCUUAGUCUCAUGUACUUUGCCUUCACCAGGGACGAUGAAAACUCUGACAACAACCUUCGUGUCGGUCUAUUAGUGGUUGUUUCCUUCUUCUUGGUCAUCAGCAUCCUGGCUUUUCCCAAUGGACCCUUUACAAGGCCUCAUCCUGCGAUAUGGAGAAUGGUGUUUGGUCUUAGCGUGCUCUACUUCCUUUUUCUCGUUUUCCUCAUCUUCCUCAAUUGGGAUCAAGUAAAGACUCUGAUGUACUGGCUUGAUCCCAAUCUGCGUUUUGCCAAACGGGAAGCUGACAUCAUGGAAUAUGCAGUAAACUGUACCGUGAUAACAUGGGAGCGUGUGCUGAGCCACUUCGACAUCUUUGCUUUCGGCCACUUCGCAGGAUGGGCCAUGAAGGCUCUGCUGAUCCGCAGCUACGGCCUGUGCUGGACCAUCAGCAUCACCUGGGAACUCACUGAGCUCUUCUUCAUGCACCUUCUGCCAAACUUUGCAGAGUGCUGGUGGGAUCAGGUCAUCUUGGACAUCCUGUUGUGUAACGGAGGAGGAAUCUGGCUGGGGAUGACAAUCUGCCGUUACUUGGAGAUGAGGACCUAUCGCUGGGCCAGCAUCAAAGAAAUCCACUCAACCACGGGGAAAUUAAAGCGAGCCGUGCUUCAGUUCACUCCAGCCAGUUGGACCUACGUGCGCUGGUUUGAUCCAAAGUCUUCGUCCCAGAGGCUGGCAGGAAUCUACCUCUUUAUGAUCUUAUGGCAGUUGACGGAGCUGAACACCUUUUUCCUGAAGCACAUCUUCAUCUUCCAGGCCUCCCACCCUCUCAGCUGGUGUCGCAUCCUGCUAAUUGGAAUGAUCACUGCACCCACAGUGCGACAGUAUUAUGCAUACCUGACGGACACUCAGUGUAAACGGGUUGGCACACAGUGUUGGGUGUUUGGAGCCAUUGCAUUCCUGGAAGCUCUUGCUUGUGUAAAAUUUGGUCUUGACUUAUUUUCCAAGACUCAAAUUUGGUAUGUGGUCCUUUGGUUGCUCUGCCUGGCGCUCAUUACCCUCCUGUGUCUAUAUGGCAUGGUUUGGUAUGAACAAAGUAAGCUAAAGAGCGUUUCUUUACAAAAUGACGACCCAGAUGACAGAGGUGUGUCUGACUUGUAUAGUUCCAGCCCUGAUGAUCAGAUAGAUCAGACCGAUUCAUCUGAACAUCUCCAGCCAACAAAACGGAGAAAGGGCCCUGCUAGGAACAGGGUUAUUGGCAGCCAAGGGGGGAAGAAACGAUGAACAAGUGAAGAAAUUAUUCAGGUUUUUUGGUUGUUGUUUUUUUAAGGGACCAUUAGAUGGUAGAUUUAAUAUAUAAUUGAUAUUUACACCUGUAACAAUGUUUUGUUUCUUUUUGAGUCACUGAAAACCAAAAAACUGUGAUAAAGGCGACAUUUUUAAGAUUCAGCUUGAAGUUCUAAUAUGUUUGAGAGUCAGAAAUGACCUGUAUCUGCAGGUUUAAAGCUUUGUUAAACUGCCUGAUUAUAGUUCUUGAUGUUAAAAGUAACAAAAAAGGCUGAAGUGGAGUAUUAAAAUCUACCUUAAGCACUGUUUUGAUGCUGCUUCACUGCAGCAUGAUGUUAAAUAUGCACUAAAAAUAAAUUGACCUCUUUAUACAUAUUUAAAUCAAAUUAAUUAUUUCAGUUGAAAUAUCUGAAUUUUGCACUUUUAUCUGAUCCAGUUAAAGGUUUAAAGGGCUUUUCUUAGAUGAAAGCUGCACUUAAGUGUUUUGUACCAACCGAUGAUGAGACCAAACUACUGUUACUGAAGCAUCUAAGCUUAGUGUUUUUUAUUCUGACUACUAAUAAUAACCUCUGAAAAUAUGAUGCUUUUGUAAAUGUUUGAUUGUAAAAGUGUGUUUAAUUUUCUGCUAUUUGUAUUUGAUUGUCCUUUAGCGUUAUUAAACUAUGUUUAGGACUCAAGAUAAAACUUGAGUUGGUAACAUUGUUAGUUCUGCACAUUAUAAACUGCUAGUUUGCAAUUUUUUUAUUUUGACAAAGUAAUUAGCACUAACUUGAGUAAUGUUUGUGCCUUGAACACUGAAGUCUUCCUGUGAAUUAUUACUUAACAAUAAAAAUGUAUGAUAGUUGUGUUGCUUUAAACUUGGUAAGGUUACCUAUGCCAAUGUUUGAUUCUAACUUGAUUUUUCUACACAGUGUAAUGGGCACAUUGAAUAAAUAUCCGUUUUUGAGAAUAAUCUUUGAAAUAAUUUAAUUGCUGUCAACAUCCAGAAGGUUUUUUUUCUUUUUUUUUCACUGUUGGACUCUGAGAUAUUAACAGUUGUUCAGUAAUUUAUCACUCGUACCACCAGUGGUCCGUGUACCCCUAUUGGUCUGCUUUGCAUGGCUAGUGGUACAUGAAAAUAUUGUAUUUCUUAGGUAG